AUGCUUAAUGAGACUAUCAAGGAGAAAAACACCGAGAAAGGAAAAGAUGUCGACCUUGGGAUUAUUCGUUAUGAGAGCUUCUUAGGACAGUGGGGCGCAGCCGCUCGUCAACCAGAGCUAGUGCCUAACGUAACGCGAGCCAUCACAGAUCUAUGCCAGCAGCAAAGAUAUCCAAGUGACUGGGCAAAUUUUUCUCAGCAGGAGCCAGUACCACAGCCAUAUCCGUCAGGCUUUGCGUCACAAUCAAAUAAUCAAACAGGGCUUCAGCUACAGCAUGCAUCUGCAGGAGGUCAGAUACGCACAAUUGCAUUGGUACCACGACAGGUGGGCCGUUCAAUCAAUCCCGGAUAUACGUCUACUGGAGAAAAGAUCCGAAUGAUUCAACCCCUUGGGAUGGCCGGGAUCGGCGCACGGUUUGUGACCGAGGAUGCGAAUGGUAGGGUACGUCUUGUGUCAAGUGCAGCAGCUGGAGGCCAUAUGGCCCUGGAGGGAGCAAAGUCUGCCGGUGUUCCUUUUACCAUGCGAAAGGAAGAAGAAGUGACAGCCCUCCGUAACUACAUUCGGAAUAUGACUGGAGGUACACACGGCCUGACUUGGGUCGCAGUUGGGGAAAUAUGCCCGGAAAAAGAUAGAUGCCCAAAUAUCGUCGUUGGAUUCUAUUGUCAAGAGGCUGGUGGGGGUUCCGCAUCUACGGUUGGCCUCUCAAGAUCAGCUCUGAAAAAGGUUCUCUCACCAAAAGAAGCGGACAAAAUGAUUGCGGAGGCUAUGGGCUUUGAUCCUGAUGUCUGUUUAGAGGAUGCAUUAUCAAGUUUGUCUGGCCUGAGCUUGAAGCCAAAGAGAUACCAGUCGCAGCGUGGUCUUCCUAUGGCGGGAGAUGCCAAAUAUUUACUUGACUCGGUUCCCAGCAUGACCAAUAUGUUGCCUUUACAGCAAAUCGCACAGGAUAAUUCGCAAAAUGGUCAGCAGUUGAACAUACAGCAGCCACUCAAUAUGCAGCAUUUCAUGCAGGAAUUCAUGCAGCAAUUCAUACAGAAAUUCAUGCAGCAACCAAACCUGCAGCACCCCAACAUGCAGCAGUAUCCGGUCCAGCAGCCUCAGCCAGUCCAGCAGCCUCAGCCAGUCCAGCAGCCUCAGCCAGUCCAGCAGCCGCAACCAGUCCAGCAGCCGCAACCAGUCCAGCAGCCGCAACCAUUCCAGCAGCCGCAACUAUUCCAGCCGCAACCAUUCCAGCAGCAACAACUAGUCCAGCAGCAGCAACCACGCCAGCAACCGUAUCUGAUACAGCAGCCGCAACAGUUCCAGUUGCCGCCUUUCUUACAGCAACCAAGCCCGUUCCAGCAGCAACCGCAUAUUUUACAGCAGCCAAGCCUGUUCCAGCAGCCAAGCCUGUUCCAGCAGCCAAGCCUGUUCCAGCAGCAACAGCUCCAACAGCAGCUAAUGCAGUAUCCGAACAUGCCACAGCCGAGCAAUGAUGAUAUGGACGAGGAAUAUUAA